UCUCUGUAUAUCUGCUAGAACAAAGUUCACCCCAGCUGUUCUGUCGUCGGUUUCGUUAGGAUUAGCAUACAGUAGGCACGGAAGUUUCUCUAAUGCUGAUUUAACGCUUUAAGACUACUUUAGGACGUUGCGUUUUGUUAGUAGGUUGUUUUUUUGGGUGUUUUUGGGUUUGUUUGUUUUUUUUUGUCUUUACGCUUCGCACUCUGUACGGUUACUGAGUUAGACGGUUUCAACAUGAGCGUGGUAUCUGAGGGUGUUUUUCUCUCGGCUCUGCAGCCAAACAACUCUUCCGUGAGCACGUACGCCUUGCCGGCCGGCGAUGAGCUCCCGCACGGCGGCGCGUACUCUGACGAUGCUACGCGAGCCAAGCGCGUCCAGCAGCAGGUGGCCCAGAGACUAUCCGAGAAAACCACCCUGUCCCGACGGAACAACUCCACCUCCGCGCAGUACGCCACCGUCACUGCCAACACCUCCACCUCCGCGUACUACCCCACCUCAGAGUACGGUGGUUCUUCGACAAUGAUGAAGUACCAGACCUACAAUCCUAGUUUCAGCUCAAAGUCCUAUAUGCAGUCCUCUACCACCAGACCAGUAAUGGCCCACCGUCCAUCUCAGCAUGUUAGCGGUGGAUACUCAUCUCGCUCAGCCAUGGACUUUGGUACAAGAUCUCAGAUUAGUCGAGGGGGUGCUGGAGGACUAAUGUGUAACCAUGAUGACAUGAGUGUUAUGGCAGGAAUGGGUACCGUGGGGGGUGGCUACCAAUGUGGCCAGUCUCAGCUGUAUAAGAUGAGUACAACAAAGCGUUCUAUGAGCCGUGGGGGUGCCGAUGCAGAUGCCGCAUCAUUACACUCUUUACGCAUGCAGUCAAUGCCUCAGCAGCCGGUUACCAAUUGGAUGACGCGAAAUGGCAGUGAGGGAAGUCUGGCAUCAGACCAGGAUGCCGCUUUCUCACGGCAGGAAUCAGGUUAUAACAUGAGCAAUGGCUACGCAGCCACGUAUCCACACCCAUUUGCUACCACGGUCAAUGAGUACAAUUCUGGAGCCAGGCAGACUUCAGGGACUCUUCCUAUUAUGACAACCCUGGCCGGCAACGGACGCUAUGGAGGCAACAUGGAAGAGGAGGCCUUUGUACGUCAAUCAAACAAAGGUCCUUCACAGCGCACCAUUAGCAGGAUCACUCAGAACCGUCAGAAUCGCAACUCUCUGUCAGCAGCGAGUUUUCAGGGAGGUAGCAACACAGGAGGCUUUGUGAUGGGUGGAGGAUCCCAGGGUACUCUGACAAUGAAGGGAAGGAUGUCUCGUGCUCCUUCCAUGAGAAGUAUGAUCAGUGUGGGCAGAGGCAAGGAUGUGUUUGAUGGCAUGGAUAUGACAGGCAGCUUGGGCAAUCUAAGCGGACUGAGUUCUCUGGAUAUGCCAACUGCUGUGAGAUACAUAAACUCAACUGAUAAAGAAGAGCAAAUACUUGGAGCUGCUUACAUCCAGCAUGAAUGCUACAGCAGUACAGAGGCCAAGAAACUAGUGAACCAACUGAAAGGUAUUCCCCCACUGGUGGAAUUAUUUAACAGUGAGGCACAGAGGGUGCAACAGUAUGCCACUGGAGCAGCCAGGAACCUCAUCUAUGAGAACAUGGAAAACAAAAUGGCUCUUAUUGAGGCUGGAGGAAUCCCUAAGCUUAUGCAAGCUCUGAAAGAACCAGAUGAUGAACUUCAAAAGAACAUCACUGGUAUUCUAUGGAAUCUCUCCUCCAAAGACAAUCUGAAAGUGAGGUUGGCAAAGGAGACACUUCCAAAGCUGACUGAAGAGAUACUGAUUCCUCUCUCAGGAACUGGAAAUAAAGAAAUAAUUUGGCAUACAGAUUCAGAGGCAGACAUCUUCUUCAAUGCAACUGGAUGCCUCAGGAACCUGAGUUCAAUAAAUGCAGUGACUCGUCAGCAGAUGAGGGAUACUCCUAAACUAAUUGAUGCCCUGGUAGGCUACCUUCAGAAAUCAGUGGAUGACUCCAGAAUAGAACAAAAGGGAGUGGAGAAUGUUGUAUGUGUGAUGAGGAACCUGUCCUAUCAGCUAUAUGAUGAGAUUCCCCCCUCAGCCUUGAUGCGCUUGGAGGGCACCAGUCGAAGUCAGACUUCCUCUAAAGGAGAGCCUAUUGGCUGCUUCACUCCUCAGAGCAAGAAAGCAAAAGAUAGACAGAAUCAGGACCUGUCUACAUUCACUGAGGUGGCCAAGAUCCCUAAUGGUAGGGAAUGGCUGUGGCACCCAAAAGUGAUAGGGCUGUAUAAUGCUGUCCUUUCACGUUGUGAAUCAAACACAACCACACGAGAGGCUGCAGCUGGAGCCCUGCAGAAUAUUACUGCUGGAGACAGAAGGUGGCCAUCGAUCCUGAGUCGUAUUGCAUUGGAACAUGAGCGUAUGUUGCCUACUAUUAUGGAUAAAUUGAAGGCAACCAACGAUCUUGAACUGCGUUCUGUCACUGGCUUCCUCAGGAACCUGUCCCGGCAUUGCAGGGACAAAAGUAGUCUGGCUCCUAAGGUGGUGUCAAGCUUAGUGGCAAUAUUGCCAGAUGAUGGCAAUCAGAAGACCCCUUCACCUGAAGUGGUUUUAAAUAUCUGUGGCGCACUUAACAACCUUGUAAGCUCUGUUGAGGUGGCUGCACGAGACAUAGCCUAUUUUGAAGGACUGCCCAAGCUGGCCGGCAUCAGGAAUUCUCAUGAUAAUAGCGAAUUGAAACAGAAACAAGCCAAAGCAGCAGCUACGGUCCUUGGCAACAUGUUCCAAUAUAAAAAACUACACAAAGAUUACAAAAAGAAAGGAUUCAAGAAAGAGGAUUUUACAGAGCUGAGCUUCUAAAUAAAGACUGUGUGGAUGUAAAUGCAUGAAUGUAAAUGAGGAAUGGAAUGAAAAAAGAACAGUAACCCAUAUUUCAGCUGUGACAUUUGGCUACUGCAACACAACCUGUCGUAGAAUACAGGAAGGCCACAUCUGUAAACUGAACUUGAUUGAUGGAGCAUGCACCUUAAUUAAAUUCCUGUAGACCUCAGUUUUUUUCUUAUCUUCAGGGAUUUUUGGCCACUGAUUUUUUUCGGCCACUUUCAGCAGUGUGCAGGAAGAGUUUGGACUGUUGUGUUACUGUUUUCCCAAUAACAUGGGCAUUGCCCUAUCUUAUCAUAUGGUAGUUCAUGGGGUUAAUUUCUUUUCAUAUUUUUAGAUUGUAAACUACUGUGACAGGGUUUCCCCCCUUAAACAUCUGGACUGAUAUCUGGGGGAACUGGUUGUGGGAUUUAAACAAAAAGAAUACUAAAUAUUUCUAGAUUGCACCAUAUACUGUUAUAACUGUUGUGCUUUUCAAUUGCCCUAAUGUUUUGUUAACUGGUCUGUGUUGUUAUAGUGAACCUAUAAGUAAAAUGCUAUGUCUCAAUACUUGCACUGUUCAUAAUGGCUAUAUCCAUACACAAUUUACAUUACUAUCUAGUACCAGGAUAUUUGUAGAAUACCUACGGUAGUGUCAAGUGAAGCCACCGCUUGCAAUAAAGAUACUUACACAGGCUAAACUUAACAGAAUCUGACACAUACUGUAAUAACAUGUAUUUUCAUGGUGUUGUAUAACAACCUGUUCUAGUUAAAAUCCACAUGAAUGUAAAUUGUUGCACACUGUUUCUAUACAUACACAUUUUUAUUUUUGUAUCUAAAUUUCUUUACUUAACAGAUUUAUAGCAAGUUUGGACAAUUUGACAAACUGGAAAAUUCUUAGGUUCUUAUAUUGUGUCAUAUACUAAAGUUAAUAAGGCCUCAUGUUAAAUAACUACAAAAAGGUAUAGCAAUUUUCAGCAAAAGUAACUUGUCUACAAGAAAAUUUGCAUUUUUGUUAUAAAACCGCAAUUUUGGGAAUAUAUUGGAUAUGGUGUGAAUAUAUAGAUCAGUGUCUAUGAAAUAAUUGCAUUUUGUAAUUUAGACACUAUAAGUAAUAUUUUUUUAUCCUGGGAGAAUAUAUUAGUUAAAUGACAAGGGUUUUUUUCAAUUUGCCAAAUUCUGUAGAUGACUAAUAUACAAUGCCUGUUUUAUACAAUUCUUUGCAAACGCAUUCUUAGUUGUAAUAUUUUGCCUUAAUGAAAAUAAAAAAAUAUAUAUUA